AUGUCUGAGAAGAAGAAGGCCAACAAAUUUCAGGACCACCCGUUGCACUCACUUUUGGCUGGCUUGGUGGCCGGUGGUGUUGAAGCAACUAUAACAAAAUAUAAAGGUCCUCUAGACUGUCUGACAAGGACAGUUCGCGAACAAGGGUUUUUUGCUCUUUAUCGUGGGUUAUCCGCUUUGGUUAUAGGCACAGCUGCUAAAGCAGGUAUCAGGUUCUUGACGUACGAAGAGAUCAAAAAGUUAUUGGCAGACGAGAAUGGCCAUGUUAGUGGACCUAAAUCGAUGAUAGCUGGUUUGGGAGCUGGAAUGACAGAGGCUAUUUUAGUGGUAACUCCUACCGAAACAAUAAAAACGAAACUUAUUCACGAUUCACAAAGAGAAGUUCCAAAAUAUAAAGGCUUGGUUCAUGGAGUGACUACAAUCGUCCGACAAGAGGGUUUUGGCGGUGUAUACCGAGGACUGUUUCCCGUGAUGAUGCGUCAGGGUGCUAAUCAAGCAGUUCGUUUUUCAACAUAUUCCACUCUCAAGCAAGAGCUCCAGAAAUGGACAACCCCUGGUCAGCCGUUGCCGUGGAGUGUGACCUUUGCCAUUGGCGCUGUUGCCGGGACAGUGACCGUGUACACGACCAUGCCAUUGGACGUGGUGAAGACAAAGAUGCAAGGAUUGCACGCAAAGACUCUGUAUAAAAACUCGUUUCACUGUUUUUGGACUGUCGUGAGAAAUGAAGGUGUAUUGUCAUUGUGGAAGGGUGCUACGCCGCGUUUGAGUAGAUUGUUGGUAAGUUUUAUUGGAAAAAGUAAUGGAGUAAAAUCAGAUCCGUAUUUACCGCUCCAUUAUUGA